AUGCAAAGAUCCCCACUGCUGGCAAUAACGAGCUGCUAUAGGACGGCAUCAACCAACUGCCUCUCGGCCGUGGCGGGCGUACUGCCCCUUGACCUGGAGGUUAGGAGAGUGACAAUGAAAUGUCGACUCAGAAAUGGCACGAUCAGCAGCCAGGAAUACGAGGACGGAGUCCAGGGCCUCAUCGCGGAAUGGCAGACCCGCUAUGAUGAGACGGACAAGGGCGAGUGGACCAAAAUAAUGAUACCAGAUCUGGCUCGAAGAUGCGCACUGCCGCUGAAAAUGGAUCAUUACACGGCCCAGUUCCUCACUGGGCACGGCGACUUCAAUGCGAAAUUGCACGGGUUCAAGCUCGUGAGAAGCGCUAAUUGCGCGUGCGGAAAUGGAGCGGAAACAGUGCGACACGUACUCUUGGCGUGCACCAGGACAAGGGCUUACCGAGAAGACCUGAUAACGGUCAUGAGGGAAGAGCAAGCAUCGUGGCCUCCCGAGAAAGGAGCCUUUCUAAGUACCAGAAGAACUUACGAAGCCCUGAGAAAGUUCAGUAGAAAGUGCAUGACGAACAGAACAGAUAGGUAG